GCAAUGACGCAGCUAGUGAGGUUCUAACCGAGGCGCGUCUAUUGCUGGUUGAAAACUAUUUCCAAACCCCCUCUUAGGCCUGGGUUUGGCUCAGGCCUUCGAGAAUUUCUGGAAGGGCUCCCUCCGGGGUAAAGCCCUACAAUGUUUCAGUUCUAAGACUUUAACUAAACUAUCUUCUAAUAUUUAUGUAACCUAUGCCAUCUAGCUUAGUAUCUUCUAAUAUUUAUGUAACCUAUGCCAUCUAGCUUAGUAUUUAGGUUUACUUGCAUUUCUGCAGCUCUCUACCACGUCUUAUUAACUGAAAGACACUGGGGUUACACCAGAUGCUAUUAAAUUAAACAAGCAAAACUAUAUAAAUAAAAGUCAUGCAAUUUUGGAUUCAACAAGUAUCAUUUGAAAUGUUGUCAAUAACAUAUUUGGGAGCUUAUGCUUUCAAAUGAGGGGAAUUUCGGAUAAGAUUUGAAUAUUUCUCUCUCUUUGAUAUUUUUCAUGUCUUACAAUUUAAUUUCUGCUAAAUUUAGGGUGAAUUAAAAUUAAAUUAUGUGCGAGGUAAUUAUUGAAAUACAUGGUUAAAUUGAAGAUUUAAUUGGAUGAAAUUAAAUUUUUAUCGUGAAUAUUGAUAAAAACAAAUUGACCCUUUUAAGAAAAAUUGAACAAAUUAACUAGAGAAGUUUAGGAGUAAAAAUGGAUUAUUUUUCAAAAUAAUAGUAGUAAUAAAUAAAAACGAUUUACUAAAAAAAGAGAAAAUAAAAUAAAAAUAAAAUAAAAACGAUUUAGAAAAAGAGAGAGAAAGAGAGAGAAAAAGAGCCACCGUAUUCUUAUCUUGCAGCAAAAGAAACUCUUGGUUACUUAACUGAUCGCCGGUGAUAGAUUUCGGAACUUAAGAUCGAGUCAUAGGGGAAUGUCAGGGAUGGAACGCCUUCAGAGAAUGUUCGCCGGUGCCGGUGGUGCGUUGGGACAUCCUCCUCCGGAUUCUCCCACCUUAGAUUCUUCCGAGCAGGUCUAUAUCUCCUCCCUCGCGCUUCUCAAGAUGCUGAAGCACGGAAGAGCUGGAGUUCCCAUGGAGGUGAUGGGUUUGAUGCUGGGAGAGUUUGUUGACGAGUACACGGUUCGUGUUGUUGACGUCUUUGCUAUGCCCCAAAGUGGUACUGGUGUUAGUGUUGAAGCCGUCGAUCAUGUUUUUCAGACUAACAUGCUCGAUAUGCUUAAACAGACUGGACGGCCUGAGAUGGUCGUGGGUUGGUAUCAUUCUCAUCCAGGUUUUGGGUGUUGGCUAUCUGGUGUUGAUAUUAAUACACAACAGAGUUUUGAGGCUCUGAAUCAGAGAGCUGUUGCUGUGGUCGUGGAUCCAAUCCAGAGUGUGAAGGGGAAGGUGGUGAUUGAUGCUUUUCGUCUAAUUAACCCACAGACUAUGAUGCUUGGGCAGGAACCACGCCAAACAACUUCCAAUCUCGGUCAUCUCAACAAACCAUCUAUUCAAGCAUUAAUCCAUGGGUUGAACCGGCAUUAUUACUCGAUUGCUAUAAACUACAGGAAGAAUGAGCUCGAGGAGAAGAUGUUGCUUAACCUUCACAAGAAGAAAUGGACUGAUGGUCUAACACUUCGCCGGUUUGACACCCAUUCAAAAACCAACGAGCAGACCAUUCAAGAAAUGCUAAACCUGGCUAUCAAGUACAACAAAGCAGUCCAAGAGGAAGAUGAGUUGCCCCCUGAAAAGCUCGCAAUAGCAAAUGUGGGCAGACAAGAUGCAAAGAAACACCUUGAAGAACAUGUCUCCAACCUUAUGUCCUCAAACAUCAUCCAAACAUUAGGAACAAUGCUUGACACGGUAGUGUUUUAAAGCUCCACACUGUUUGAGCUUAAUGUUUCAUCAUUAUUUCCUGCAACUAGAGGUGCUCCGUUUAAAUACCAUCCAAUGAAAAGCUACACGUCCAUUACGAUCUAAUUGGGAUGUCAGAUUCUUCAACAGCUAUUGGUUUUGUUCUAUUCUUGUAAUUCCUCUUUUUAGUUUAUAGAAACAGAGAAGAUGGUAAAAUGCACCUCUGUGUUUUGCACACUCUAAAUAUGUCUCGUGUACCCUUCCUUCCCCAAAAAUGAAGACUUGAUUGACGGUGAUUUUAUUGGCUCUAUAUGAAAUUAUAUCUUUCUUUCA